AAAAAACCCUGAACCCUUUUUCUCAGAAAUUCAAAAUCAGUUUCAUCGGUGUUCACACUUGGGGUGCUUUUAACUCCACCACUCACUAACAUUGCUGUGAUUCUCGGAUUUUGCUCUAGUUCGAUUUCGCCAUGGUUGCUUCGAGGGAUGUUCAUGAGAUCGUCUCCAAGCUCUCGUCAGAUAAAGCCAAGACUCGCGAAGAUGGUGUCAAGUUAUUGAAUACAUGGCUCGAAGGGGAAAGGUCAAGCACCUUUUGUAGAUUUCUUUCGCAAAACACUGCUAAGCUUAAGUUGGACGAGAUUCCAAAUGCUGAAACGUGGCCCUUUUUGGUUAAACUUCUCCUUCAAUGUGUCUCAAUGGAGGUGUCAGGUAGUAAGCGACGGAUGCCCAAGCCAACUUUUGCAAAGACGCUUCGUGUUGUUAUUCAGAGAACAGAAGAAACUAAGUUUCCUGGUGUACAAUUUCCUUUGCUAUCUAUGGCUAAGACCCUUUUUACACAUGUACAUGAUAUCUUGAGCAAUACACCUAGCUUUCAGUCAGAGUAUGGUACCAUACUCCGCCAUCUUUUGGAAAUUAGGGAGUACCGUUUCCAAAUGAGGAAGCGCACAUAUUCCAGUUUGGUGCUGCUAUACAUGGAAAGGGCUGAGGCAGGUUUUAGCGAGAAAAAAAGUGGUCAACAUAGCCAGAAGGAGGAGGCAUUUCGUUAUAUUCUUACGCUUCAGUCACUUCUAGAGAACUCCCCUGGUGAUUUUCCUGAUGACCUCCGAGAAGAAAUUGUGAACGGCCUCAUUCACAUCUUCUCUUCUGUAAGAGAUGAGGGAAAGCUUUCACGCAAGCUUAUUGAAUGUGUAAAUACGUUCUUGCUGAAGGAUGGUCCUAAUUUAGGCUCUUUAUCAUUCGAAAUUCAUAAUGCCGUUGAACAAUUUGUGUUCCGUUGCUGGUUAACAACCCAUGAUAAAAACCUCAAGGAGAUACUUGUUUCUUAUGGAAGGCUACAGUUAAAUUUGACAAGGGGUUCUAGUGAAUCUAGUUCUCUGGUGGAACAACUUUUGGACGUGGUUACUCGUGAAUUGGAUCUUGGUAGUUCAUCAACUUCUGCAUCAUGGGGUGAUACAACAAAGGAUGAAAAGUUAGGGGCAUUGAACAGCUAUCAGAAUAGCUUGGUUGAGCUGGCUGCACAUGUGUUCUACCGGGCAUGUGUCAAUACAUCUAGACCAUCAAUGUCAGAGAAACGAGCUCGUAGGCAACAUAUUGCCAUGCGUAUGGUGGAUGCACUAACUGAAGGAAAAUGGCUAUGGUGUGCUGCUUUUGGUUGUCUAGUUCGGAAUUAUUGUGCUCGCAUCAAUAUGGAUCUCCUUAUUUACUGGUUUGAAGCCAUCUGCACAAACUUUCAGAGACUUCUGGAGGAUGCCAGUAUGAGACGUUCUUAUGAUGGUCUACUAUGGACUUUGAGGAGUUUGCAAGGGCUCUCCUCUGGUUUGUUACUUCCAGAUACUACUAUGGACAUAUCGAAGUCACCUGCUUCCUCAAGUGAGCUAGAUCGUGGUUGGCAAUCGAUCUGGACCUCUUUAAUCCGUGGGCUAGCAACAUUCAGCAGCAUGAGUGUAAUUGUUGAUGCUGUCUUGGUACUCCUUGGAUCAAUUAUUUCAAGUAACCACAUUAACGUUGGAAUUCUGCCUCAAGAAGUGUGGGAUCAUCAAUUAUUCAGACACAUACCCUCUGAGCCGGCCUUGUACUUCAUUGCAUGUUACUUUUCACGUCUGGGUUGCCAGGGAAACCUGCAAGAUGAUUUACAUCUUCGACGAAAUCUUCUUAGAGCAGUUUGUGCCCCUCUAAGCUGGAAGGUUCGUUUGACUCUAAAUGGGAGAAUGGUUCAGCUUCUACCAGCAGCUGCUUUUUCCCUAUGUGCUGGGUUCAAGACUUCACUUCCAUUACCUAAGGAACAUCUUCCAACACCAUCUGAAUGGGAUGUCUGUGAACAGAUAGAUGAUGUUGAUCUAGAAAGAAAUUUUGGACUCUUUGAAUGCUCUGUGGAGGCUCUAACAAGAGUUUGCUCAAAUUCUAGAAAGAUCUCUGGUUGCCAAGUUCCUGACGUAGUACAACUACCUCUGGUAUUAAGAGAUCCAUUGCUUCAUGACAUGGAUAUCUAUUUUCUUAGCAUUACUCCGGAGGUCAAGGAGAAAGGACCAUUGUCUGACAUCUUUAUGGGAUGUGCUCUGUUGUGUCAUUUUAUGCAUGGUUCUUACAUCGCAAGGAAGGGUAAAGGAAGCAGUUCGUUCUUCUUAAUGGCAUGCCAGUAUUUGUUAGAAGGCCUGGAUCAUGCUGUUGAAGCAGUUUCAAAGAGCCUCAACGAUCUUCAAAGGCUUGCUUCCCUAGGGUUUGGCUCAGAUUUUAAUGAGAAAGGUUCUAUAAUAGUUUCGUUGAGGUCCCUUACUCAAUCUCCUGUCUUCAGCAACGGAAGAGACCAAAAUCUUCUUGGCGCUAGUUAUGAUGCUGUAAUUCAUUCCUUAGAGAACCUUUUGCGGUCUUUUGCUAAAGUCUAUGGAGAAUAUACUGAGCACGCAUGGAAUACACAUUCAGACACUGUACCUUCUAAAUCGUUUGCACUUGAUUCCCCAGAAGUUGGCAGGAUUGUGGAUAUGGAUUUAGAUUUAGCUGAAGACACUAAGGAGAGGGAUAUUAUAACUGCCGGUGGAAAAGCUGUACCUGGCCUGCCCGUUUCUACGGGGAACUGGAAGUUGGGCAUGGUAUCGCUAAUCUCAUGUUUUUCUCCAGUACUUCAAUUUCCUACAUGGGAUGUUCUAUAUAACUUAUUGGAGAAGGAAUCUGAUCCUAAGGUGCUGGAAAAUAUACUGUAUCAUCUAUGCAAGCUUUCAUGCUUGACUUCUAUGCCGAAGGUUGAUGAUUUGGUUAUUUUCUUGGAUGGCAUGCUUAGCACACAAGUAAAGAUGAAGCGUAACUGUCUCAAUAUAGUCACUGCUCUGCAUGUUUUACUUCAUACUUUAUCAUCCUCGAGGAUGGAUUCUUCUGGAGUUGGAAAAAAUUGUGGUUUGUCUUUGAAAGGAGAAAGUUUUCAGGUCUUUGUCCAACUUGGCGCAAUGGUGAAUAAAGUUUCUGAAUUUGGUCUCUUGGGAUGGUUUGGGCGUGUCAAGCUGAUCAACUGUAUAUGUGAUCUUGUCUUACUUAAUCCUCAGACUGGUCAGACAAUGAUUGAGCGACUUUUGUUGAUGCUAAAUGACUCUGAUUAUCGAGUGAGGUUUGUCCUGGCAAGACAAAUUGGGAUUUUAUUCCAGACGUGGGAUGGCCAUGAGGCAUUAUUCCAAGAUAUUUGUUCCAGCUUUGGUAUUACAUUAGUAACCUCCUCAAAGGAGAAACUAGUUACCGCAAAGGAUGUUUUGGCUGCUGGUCCUCAGCCUCGCCAAAAAAUGGAGACUGUCAUCAUUACUCUUAUGCACCUUGCUUAUCACAGUGAGAACAUAGAGUUGCAAGCUGUUUUUAUGAUGUGCGCUGUUUCAGCUAUAGAUCCCUGUCAGAGGGAAUUAAUCAUUGCCGCACUUGACAAUCUAUCAGCACAACUCCAUUACCCAUCUAGGUUCAAGUAUCUGGAAGAACUCUUGGGCCCGAUUCUUUUUUUCUGGAUUGCAUGUGGUGUCAGUUUAGCUGGUCUUAUUGAGACAAGUCAGCUGUUCAUUCCAAACGCUGAACCGAAAUAUUUCAUCCACUUUUGUUCCCACUGGCUGCUUCCAGCUCUUCUAUUGCAUGAAGAUCAUACUAACCUUGACUGGGUAGCUAAGAUGGCUGCCCAACCUGUGGUUGUUUUGGUCAAAGAAAAUUUUGUGCCAAUAUUUUCGAUAUGUAUGGGAUUGCACUGUAGUAAAACGUCAGAAUGCGAUAAAGGUGCAAUGGUGCUUCAGAAUUCAAUAUUGUAUGUAGGUGAGAUCAGCGAGAGUGAGAGGGACAAGCUGAUUAAACAGAAUAUGGUUUCUAUUGUUAGUUUUAUUUUAUCAUGCGCUUCGUCUUCACCAGAACCUCCAGUUCCUGCUUUUUCUCGUGACACUAUUUCACUUGCAGUUCAAACAGUUGUGGAUGGUUUUCUGGAAACCACUGAUUAUCCUAAGAAUGCGGCCAUCACUGACAGGAUAAACAUUUUUCGCCCGGAUAGAGUGUUCAUGUUCAUUACAGAAAUGCACUAUAGAAUGUCAGCUGCAUGCCAUCAUCGGCAUACGCGUCAUCAUUUGGCCGCUCUUGAAGAGCUUACAAUUCUUCUUGGUCAUAGAGCGUCAGUUCCAAGUUCCUUAAAUUACAUAUUCAAUCUUGUUGGACAAUUUAUCGGCUAUCCCUCACUACAAGACCAGUGUUGUAGUAUAGCGUCCUGUUUACUGGAUUUGUUCAAAAGCAAUCCGGCCAAAGAAAUUGUUAGUGUACUAGGUGACCAACUCCAGUUUUUGGUCUCAAAGCUGGUUACAUGCUGCAUUGAUGCUGAAGCAGAUACCAAAAUUUCUGGUUCUAAGUCAUUGCAACUCGUUAAUUUGCUACACAAGCUAGUUGUUAGUUCAGAUUCUUCUCUUGAUGAAGAUAUCAGAGAUUUGGAACCCCUCCCGGAUUUAAAAAUUUUCCAAGUCAUUCGUGAAUCACACAUCAGGAUAUGCGAAGCAUAUUCUCCGAGGAAUCAUCUGUUGAAGUGUGCUCGAAGAUCUUGUUAUCUUCCACCAAGAUUCCUUUCCAGGAGUCUCCAAGCACUGCAUAACAAGCUCAUAGCUUCUGAAGUUUCUCAAGAAGACACAAAUGGAGAAACUGCAGAAACAUUUUGGCAGUCUGAUGAUGAAAUUGUAAAUGCUGUUUGGACUCUUGUCCGAGUGUCUGCCUCUGAUGAAGCAGAUAGUAUGAGACUUUUGGCGUCUGAUUUUCUUUCCAGGGUUGGUAUUAGGGACCCCCACACUGUUGUUUUCCAUCUUCCUGGGAAGUUAAUCUCCAUGCAUGAUCUUCAAGUUUUUGGCCAUAAUACUGGAACAAAAGUCAGAUCUUUGACUGAGAACGGCAUAUCCGAUGACACCCUUAUCACACUGCUAAAUUUUUUGAAGAAGUAUCUUUUGGAUGACUCUGUAAAGAUUAUUGAUGUAACAUCACAAACCCUUCGGGGAAUUCUUUCAACCGAAAGGGGCCAGCAAGCAUUAUCAUCUUUUGAUUCAUGUGAGAGAUCUUCAAUUGAGGUGCAUGGUAGGGGCGUGAACCUUGACAUUGUGGAAAAGAUCUUAUUGGAUAGCCAAAAGCAGUUCAAAGCUGAGAACUUUUCACUGGAGACGCCUGAAGUGUGGUCCACAGAUAAUAAAACCUUUGAUAGAUGGAUUUGUCAGCUAGUGUACUGUAUGAUCGCUUUAUGUGAGGAUGUCCCAAUAAGGUUAUGCCAGAACAUAGCAUUGCUGAAAGCUGAAAUAUCUGAACUUCUAUUCCCUAGUGUUAUUGUUAGUCUUGCGGGACGAAUAGGGACGGAUAUAAAUUUACAUGACUUGAUUACGUCACAGGUGAAAGAGCAUAUCUUCAUUGAUUCAAACAAGCUAACAAAAUCGAAGCAAAUUAUGUUAAAUACCCUGAAUGAGCUGCGGAUGUGUUAUGUCCUCGAAAGAUCGAUUUUUUCUGGGCAAACUAAGAGAGAAAAGAAUUCAAGAUCUUGUUCCACAGCUGCUAAGAUUAGAGAUGUGGAAACUGCACCAAAUGGAAUGGCAGCAUCCAAAACUACUAAUUGGGAGAAGGUUUAUUGGCUUUCCAUUGAUUAUCUUGUUGUUGCCAGAUCAGCAGUAGUUUGUGGUGCAUAUUUGACCGCCUCCAUGUAUGUGGAGUAUUGGUGUGAGGAGAAAUUUGGCAAUCUAAGCCUUGGAGAUCCUGAUUUUUCUUAUCAUGAUAAGUUACCGGAUCAUGUUGAGAUACUUGUGUCUGCAAUAACAAGAAUAAACGAGCCUGACAGCUUAUAUGGGGUUAUACAUUCAAAUAAGUUGUCUGCUCAAAUAAUCACAUUCGAGCAUGAGGGAAACUGGACUAGGGCACUUGAGUAUUAUGACUUGCAAGCACGUUCACAGAAACUGGUGGUGCCGGGUAGCCUUUCUGAAAAUCUAGAGGUGGAACAAUUUCAGCCAAAAACUAGUACAUGGAAUUCUGUUUUUGGUGAAGGGGAGGUCCAGAGACAACCGUUCAAAGGACUCAUUAGGUCGUUGCAGCAGACAGGCUGUAUGCAUGUCCUGGAUUUGUAUUGCCGAGGCUUAACUUCCCGAGAAGGAUGCUUUCAGUAUGAUCCAGAGUUCAUCGAAUUGCAGUAUGAGGCUGCAUGGCGUGCAGGAAAAUGGGAUUUUUCUUUACUUUAUCCGCAAACUCACUGCCAACCUCUGCAACAUGCAAAGAACAAUAAUUAUCAUGAAAGUUUGCACUGUUGUUUGAGAGCAUUGCAAGAAGGGGAUUACGAUGGGUUUUAUGGAAAACUGAAGGAUACUAAGAAGGAGCUUGUGUUGUCCAUUUCCCGUGCAAGUGAAGAAAGCACUGAAUUUAUAUACUCAACAGUAGUGAAACUUCAGAUUCUUCAUCAUCUUGGACUAGUUUGGGAUCUUCGCUGGACGACAUCUUCACAUCAAAGUGUGCAUGGCUAUCCAGUCAAACAAAUGGCAUGCGUAGACCCCAUGACUCCAACAAUGAAUCAGUUGUCUUGGCUGAAUAAGGAUUGGAACUCUAUUAUUACGCAAACUCAGUUGCACAUGAAUUUGUUGGAGCCAUUUAUCGCAUUUAGGCGAGUUCUUCUCCAAAUCUUGGGAUGUGAGGAAUGUACCAUGCAACAUCUUUUGCAGUCUGCUUCAUUACUUCGCAAGGGAACAAGGUUUUCUCAUGCAGCUGCGUCUCUGCAUGAGUUCAAGUUUCUUUGUGCAAGAAGUGAUGGACAACAACCCGUUCCAGACUGGCUUGGAAAGCUUGAAGAGGCGAAGCUAUUACAUGCCCAAGGGCGGCAUGAAGUUUCCAUUAGUCUUGCAAACUAUAUUUUACAUAAUUAUCAAUUAAAAGAAGAGGCUUCAGAUAUAUAUCGUGUGAUUGGAAAGUGGCUAGCAGAAACCAGAUCUAGCAACUCUAGAACAAUUUUAGAGAAGUAUCUCAGGCCUGCAGUUUCGCUUGCUGAAGAACAGAGUUCCAAGAUCUGCAAAAGAUUGGUAGAUAGACAGAGCCAAGCUUGGUUUCAUCUGGCUCAUUAUGCAGAUGCUCUAUUUAAGAGUUAUGAGGAAAGACUCUCCUCCAGUGAAUGGCAAGCUGCAAUGCGGCUACGAAAACACAAGACGAAAGAGUUGGAGGUGCUUAUUAAACGGUUUAAGAGUUCAAAGAAGGCGGAGCAAUCUGACUAUUCACUGAAGAUCCAAGAUCUGCAGAAGCAACUAACAAUGGAUAAAGAAGAAGCAGAAAAACUGCAGGUUGACAGGGAUAACUUUCUGAAACUUGCAUUGGAGGGGUAUAAACGUUGUCUGGAAAUUGGUGACAAGUAUGAUGUUCGAGUGGUAUUUCGGCAAGUAUCCAUGUGGUUCGAUCUUGCCUCCCAGAAAAAUGUUAUUGAUAACAUGUUGAGCACCAUUAAAGAGGUUCAGUCUUACAAAUUUGUACCCCUUGUUUAUCAAAUUGCUUCAAGGUUGGGCAGUUCCAAAGAUGAAUCAGGAUCUAACAGCUUUCAGUCUGCACUGGUUUCGCUUAUCAGAAAAAUGGCCAUUGAUCAUCCAUACCAUACAAUCUUGCAGCUUCUGGCUUUGGCAAACGGUGACCGUAUCAAGGAUAACCAACGCAGUAGAAAUUCUUUCGUGGUUGAUAUGGAUAAAAAGCUUGCAGCAGAGCAUCUCCUGCAGGAUAUAUCACAUUAUCAUGGGCCUAUGCUUAGACAAAUGAAACAACUGGUAGAUAUCUACAUCAAGCUUGCAGAGCUUGAAACAAGGAGAGAGGAUACCAAUAGAAGGGUUGCACUACCAAGAGAAAUUCGUAGUGUGAAACAAUUAGAACUUGUACCUGUAGUGACUGCUACAAUUCCUGUUGAUCGUAGCUGCCAAUACAAUGAAGGGUCAUUCCCGUUUUUCAGAGGUUUAUCAGAUUCUGUUACAGUGAUGAACGGUAUAAAUGCUCCAAAAGUAGUUGAAUGCUUUGGUUCUGAUGGCCAAACAUAUAAGCAACUUGCAAAAUCUGGCAAUGAUGACCUCAGACAAGAUGCUGUUAUGGAACAAUUUUUUGGACUCGUCAAUACCUUUCUACACAAUAACCGGGACACUUGGAAGAGAAGAUUGGCUGUGCGCACAUACAAGGUUAUUCCUUUUACUCCAAGCGCUGGUGUUCUUGAGUGGGUCGAUGGCACAAUUCCACUUGGAGAUUAUCUUAUAGGAAGCUCAAGGAGUGAGGGCGCUCAUGGUCGUUAUGGCAUUGGAAACUGGAAAUAUCCCAAAUGCCGAGAACAUAUGUCGAGUGCAAAGGACAAACGCAAUGCCUUCGUGGAUGUCUGUACAAACUUCAGGCCUGUCAUGCAUUACUUCUUCCUUGAAAAGUUCCUGCAGCCCGCUGACUGGUUUGUGAAGAGGCUUGCUUAUACACGUAGUGUUGCAGCUAGUUCCAUGGUUGGGUACAUCGUUGGUCUUGGUGAUCGUCAUGCCAUGAAUAUUUUAAUCGAUCAAGCUACAGCAGAAGUUGUCCACAUAGAUCUUGGAGUUGCUUUUGAACAAGGAUUAAUGCUCAAGACUCCUGAAAGGGUUCCGUUCAGACUGACAAGAGACAUAAUUGAUGGAAUGGGUAUCACAGGAGUGGAAGGCGUUUUCAGGAGAUGUUGCGAAGAAACCCUGUCUGUAAUGCGAACAAAUAAAGAGGCGCUGCUUACUAUUGUCGAAGUUUUUAUACAUGAUCCUCUUUACAAAUGGGCCUUGUCCCCCUUAAAGGCUUUGCAAAGACAGAAGGAAACUGAAGAUUAUGAUGGCAUGAACUUGGAAGGGUUACAAGAGGAAUUCGAGGGAAACAAGGAUGCUACACGUGCCUUGAUGCGUGUCAAGCAAAAACUUGAUGGAUACGAGGGUGGUGAGAUGAGAAGCAUUCAUGGCCAGGCGCAGCAACUAAUACAAGAUGCAAUUGACACAGAUCGUUUGUCCCAUAUGUUCCCUGGCUGGGGAGCUUGGAUGUAACCGAGCUUCUAUAUGCUCCAAUUUUUUGUCUGUGAAUAGAGAAAUCUUUAUGUAAAGUUGAUAAUACUCGGCUGCCAAAUUUUGUCGUAGCUUAGGAGGGGAGGGAGCAAUCUAAAAAUGGCUUUUGCGUGGUACAGAACGAAUAUGUGAAGCAACAAGCUCAGGCCUAAAUAUAUAUUUCUUCUUUUGUGCA